ACAGCAGGUAAACAUAAGGCAAAGUGGAGGCAGAAACAGAGGGAAACGACAGGACUAUUUUUGAACAGUGAGAACAAAACAUGGGACAAAACAAAGGAGGGAGAAGGUGUCAGUGACAGAGAGAGAAAGGGAGAGGGGGGCGAGUCAGCAAACGAAAUGCGCUCAUUCGCUCACGAGACAAACUGAGUGAGAGAGAGAGAGGGAGAGAGAGAGAAAGAGAGGGAGCGUGAGCCACUAUCAUUCGUUCCUGACUCCACACGGGAACACACCAUCCCUGGAACACGGAAUCUGGCUGGGAGCGGAGAAACGGGAAUGCACUGGGACGAAAAAAACUGAGGAGAAUAAAUAUUACCUGCCAUCUGUUGGUCUUCCUCACUCAUCUGUCAUCCACUGUCACUUUCUUUUUGUCUUUUUCUGAGGAGAACUUCUUCAGAGCCUCCAGUGAAAACACAUACAUAUAGAGAUAUAUCUAUAACAAUCCUAUACAUAUAUCAAUAUACAGUAUGCCUGUUUUCAUAAACAGCGUAUGGGGGACAGAACGGAGCUGAAGGAAGACACAUUGACUGUGAAAACAAAAGCGUCAGGAGGACUAAAGAACAACAGAUAUUCAUUUGAGAGAACAGUACAGUGUAAAACACUGAGAAUGACUUGUGGAAUACCUCCGAACUGUAGCGUGAGGCAUCUCUUCCUCUCUGGCAUCACGCAGUGUUCAGUUGGACAAAGAUCACGUAUAUGGCUUGAUUCCAACAGUUUCAUCUCUUCAGGCUUCUGAACCGGAAUUCUACUAAGUGCUGUUUUUUUAUGUUUUUUUCUCGGGCCUCGAAACAGUUUGUCUCAAGGUUAGAUCUUUGAAUCUGGAGUCUCUCCAAAGGGGAGGAAUCUCGCUCGCUCUCGCUCUCUCUCCCUGUAGUGAUGACAAAGAAGAGCACGUUGUGUGCUGAAGUGGCGUGGAAAGCUCUCCGUCUCAUUCCCUGAUGAGGGCUGCAUUCCCUGUAUCAGCUUGUCGUUUAGGAGCCGGACGCCAAGUCAGCAUCAAACCUGCUCUAAACUUGAACUCUUUGCUCUUGGUUCUCAUUAACUAAACUCUGUUGGUUUAAUUGUACCCAGUGACGCUGUUGCACUCUUGGAUACGCAUUGUGGGAUUACUCAAACAGGAUCAUGGCUGCCUCACACCUGUUUCUGAAUGUGUUGACUGCCGUUUUACUGUUGAGCUACAUUUCUUACGGUCAAAAAUCCAACACCGCCAGCACAGGUGAACAAGCCACAAAUCGGACGGCUGCUCCGUCUGGUGCGCCGGAGGUCACACUCGCGACCCCCGGGUCAGACGCAGAGGAAACCCCGUUGGCUGGCAGCCGCUGUUGGGGUUACUAUGAUGUAAUGGGCCAGUGGGAUCCUCCGUUUAAUUGUAAUGCAGGAAUCUACCUGUUCUGCUGUGGCUCCUGCUACUACCGAUUUUGCUGCCAGUUCAAGGUUCACAGUCUGGACCAGACGUCUUGUUCCAAUUACGACACGCCGGUGUGGGCCAACACAGGCAAGCCGGCGGCUCCAGUGACCGAUGUCCAGGAGGAACCGGAUCGAGACCGCACUCACAUGAUCGUCUACAUAAUAUGCGGAGUGGUGGCCAUCAUGGUGCUGGUUGGGAUCUUCACCAAACUGGGCCUGGAAAAAAGUCAAGGAGGACAGACGGACAUGACAAACUCCAGGGCCCUGACGGAACUGCUAAAACAGCCAGGCGAGCCCGGGGGUGUGGACAGAGGAGGAGGCCACCACCCUAUCGGAUCCAACGGCAUCUCUGGCAGGUCAAUGCGCACCAACAACGAGCAUAACCACCUGAAUAACGUCACGCUUCCUCAUUUGAGUCCCGCAAUGACUCUGUCCCAGCCUCACAACAACCUGGGCUUCAACAAAUACUCCUCUCUCAAGACCAUGGAUAUUACAGCAAGGGAUUAUUACCCCAAGAGCUACCCCAUGAUGGAUUACGUACACCGCCAAUCCUCGCCUGCAACCUUCCAGCCUAUUGCUUUCCACCCAAAAGACAAACACUUUCUUCCCCCUCCGGACAUCCAUACUCCAUUGGCCAUCACCAUUACGUCAGCUCAAGUCCCCAAGCCCAAGAUCUCCAAGACUAACACCCACCCACUCACCUCGAGCUCAGCCUUCAAGGUUUGGGACCCCAACAAGAGCCAUGUCCAACAUCAGGUCCCUCUCAUGAUGCAGCCACAGCCACCACUGUCCCAACCAAACAGUCGUCGCCAGGCCUUCUCCAACAAGCGUCAGUUUAGCAUUGAGACUCUUCCAGAGUUGUUCACUCAACCUCUGGGGUAUGGACAGUCUCCACACCUCCACCCAAAACACAAGGGACUGCCCACGAACAGCAAAACAGAGGUGACGGUCUGAGGGGAAAGCCUGGGAAGGAUACAAACACAAGAAAGCAUGACUUCGAUUAGACAACCGGAUGUGAAAGCUUCUACACAUGUGCUUCAGUUAUAUUUACAGUAUAUUUCCUCCUAGUGUUUGUUUUGGACUAGAUUUAUACUCAUUGUACUAUAAUACAAAGAAAUGAAUGGGAAAACGUUGCAUGGUCUUGAUUCCGAUUCUUGGUGGGCCUUGAAUCCCUAGUGAUCCUAGCUCCCCUCUAAAAUUAUGGCCUGUUGUUCUUGUACUUCUGGCCUUCAGAUGUCUCUUGUGGUCCAGACCAAUGUGUCCGAUAGCAAAGGGCAGGAACCUUGCACCUCAGGAGCCUUCACACCCUUCUGGACAAGGCCAUUGUGCUGUCAGCUUCCAUCAGUCAAAAGCUGCCACACAGUGAGAUAUUAUUCUGACAAUUCUAAACCACUGAGGACAAAGAAACAGCGGGGAAGCAUACGGAAGGGGACAGCGAAGAAACCAAGGUGCCCUGUGAGAGGGAAAGAGAGUUUCAGGUGUUGUGAUGUCUAAGGGUUUGUUAUUUCAGCCAACGGAUAAGGGUCUAGGUGAAUUUGGCAAAGUCCAAUGUCUCUCGGUCUCUUUUUCUCAACACCAUCAUCAAAGGACGCAUUCAAGCACUUGUCCAGGGAGCGAACUGCCAACAUCAAGUCAUAGCUAUUCUGGCUGUUUCUAUUUCAAACUCUUGUUUGAGGCACAGCACAGGUAAAGACAAGGUCGAUACGCCAGUCUCUGUUACAGACAGAACUCAAGAGAGACAUUUCAGGGGACAACAGUCGCCCGAAGAGAUGAGGUGCCAUAGUGACGGAGGAGGUGAACAAAUCCGGCAAUGUCAUAAGUAACACUGCCAGAACAACUUUGCUAAAUUGACCCAUGUGUAUUCUUGGCAAUAUAUGUCAAACAGCAUGCUUCCUUUGAAUAAUUCUGAAUGUAAAUAAUUAUCCUUUUGGUGAAAGCAAGAACCUUUUAGACCGUGGCAAAAUCAAGCAUGUAGCAGCAAUACCUACACCCUAUUGUAGCAUCCUAAUGGGCAUGGAAAAUCUGGUGAUGGGCAUCAGUUUUAAAGGGAAGAGUUUAGGUGUCUUAAGAGUUGCUCGAGAGACCAAGGAAAAUGGUAGCAAUACUAGGCCUAUCCGUCCUCUCCUGCCUGGGGCCACAUGACUGAUGGACACAGCUGUCAAACUCACUCUCUCUCUGCUGUUCCAAGCUGUUCCCUGGCAGGCGUUUGGCUGCCACACUGCCACAGAACAGCAGGGGGCGCUGUAAUUGAUGACAGCUUGCUUCUAAUACAGCAGAUCUUAAAUAUGUUCUCCCAUACUGCCUGUAGACACGUCUUUCUUGUCUGUCUUAUCUUUUUUUCAUUGACAAUGGAUCUGAAUGGAGAGUUAUGGUUAUUGACCCUCGGAUAUCUGAUGGUAACCUCUUGCUUUACAUAACAUAACAUAACAUAACAUAACAUAACAUAACAUAACAUAACAUAACAUAACGUAACAUUAACGCAUCUGUUUACCAAGCAAACGGUUGUGUCUAAAAAGUAGCACACUUUGUUUGAACAGCCUUGUGAGAUUUUACAGGCCAAUGACAUCUGAUGCUCAAGCCACAUAGGGAAUAUAAAAAGAGUUUGAAAUGUUCAUUGGAAUGGCUUGCAAAUAAAACGGCAGUAUUGUGAGAGACAGAAAAGGAUUAUUGAACUCAGAAGCAGGAGGCAACACACUCGUAAUGGUACAAAGCCUUCCUUUCAAUACAUUAGAUCGCAUUAAAGUCAUUGCAGUACAUGUUACAGCAGUUGGGUCUGUAAUGAACUGUAAAGAAAGGACGAAACAAGAAAGAAACAAGUAGCUCUCUCUCUUUAUAUUCCCACUGGCUUCAUUUUGGAGAUAAUUUCUACUUGUGGACCAACUCCAGGGACAGCAGUUCCAAAAAUAACAACAAUUACAGUUACAGCAUGUUCCUGGACGGCUAUUUUCAACCCUUGAAUUGAUGCGAGGAUGUAUCAACAUGCUCUCUUGGGUCAGCAUCAAGUUAAACUAUCCUGAGCUACAGAGAUGCUUCAUUCAGUUUCGGUGGCAAUGGCUCCAGGGUGUCAUUGGGUUUCAGGGGCAAACCCUGGAGGACAGACACGGCUGUCAGACUCUCCUAGCACAGAGAUGUCAAGCGAUGCCAAGGUGAGCCAGCUACACAGCCCUCUGCCUGAAAUGGAGCCACUUUAUCGGCCAGGAGGUCAUGAAGUCUGUCUUUGAGGAAAGCCAGAAAAUACUAGAGCAGAAUUAGAUUUUGACAUAACCACAGUGACAGAUUUCUGGCUGGAUCAGCUUGAACCCUGAAUCAGAUGAGGACUAUCAUCCAGGUAUAAACUUUGAUAUUAACUCAAUAAAGCGCUGGAUUGGUCAAUUAACUACUUAAUUCCACAGUUUGAGGACUAUAAAGUGAAAUCAAAAGAGGCUGUGUGCGUUCACAUCUGUUACAAAGAAACACAAGGUGUAAAUAUCUACUUUCGAAUUCCUUCGGUGUGAAGAAUCAUUUCCAGUGGUUAUUUUAAACCACCCAAAUAAGCUGAAUGACUGUUGUUUCUGAUUUCUUCUUAAAACGAAAGCGUUCUACCUGUGAUGUGGAUGCUACCAGGUAGUAUUUUAUCUUUAGCAAUACAUGAUGUACUUUUUACUGUUUAUGUACUAUUUGCAAUGUCGUCUUUUUUGUACCGUAAGCGUAAUUGGAAUCAAAGUCGAGCCUGCCGCAGUUGACAACCAUUUGACGGAGAUGAAGUGCUUCCGAAUUUUAACACCCUUCUCACCUUCCUUACUAACUUAAAAGAUGUCUUGCCAUAUUUGAAGCCUGCGCUAUAUGUAUAAAGCCUAUAAUUUUUAAAAGACGUAUUAUAACCAAUGCUUGAAUGACAUGUUAGUUGCCAAUCCAGAGACAUGUAAUAUGUAUAUUGGAGAAUCACAUUGUUCCCAUUUGUUUGGUGGUAUGUUUGACCGAUCUAAUCUUAUGCACUAUUCUAAACUGUACCUUUUGUGUAUGUAUAAUUAGGAUGAAUUCUACUAAGGGCUUUAAAGGAUGUAUGUGAUAUUGAUAGGAGUUGCCUGUGUUCAAAAUGGAAAAGGUUCAUUUUUUCCAAUGCUAUGACAGGGAGUACAGUUGCUUGUGUCGGAGUGUAGGGUAAACUAUAACAAGAGGUUGUGAAAGUGAUGCUCUGUCCUGCUAUCAAAAUUUUAGGGAAUUUAUUUUUGCCUGUGUGUUUGUGUAUUACUCUCCACCACAAAGCAAAAAUUAUGUUCCCUCUUGCAGAAAAAGGGACUUUUCUUGUUUAAACCCUGAAUAGACAUGCAAAAACAUGUUAAGGACAUAUGAGAAAAAAGACAAUUGCUCUAAGUUUGAACCAUACCAGCAUUUAAGGAAAUCCAAAGCCAGCUACAGCAAAUGCAGAUUGAUCCUAAUUAAAAGCCACUGGUUGCAUCAUUGAUAAAGAGAAUGACAGGAAGACUAAUUAGGCUUGUCUGUUGACUUAAAGAAGGCCAGUUUUUUUUUGCAACAUCACUAGCAUUGAGAAAUAUCUCCUGUCAUGUUUCUUGUGUUUUACAUGUUUACUGAUUAUAAUCGCCUGUUUAUACAUACGUCAGGGUUAAAAGAGCAAAAAGUUAAAUAUAUAAAUAUUGUGCAAAAAUAUAUGUAUAUGAUGUGAAUAUAAAGUAGCAUUAGUUCACAGCGUUUCACAACUAGAAACACAAAUUAAAGCUGAGGAUUUGACAUUGUAAACAGUGUUUAGUGGAACUUUUUCUAGGUAGAGCCAGCUCACGUUACCCCAUGUCCUAACUAGGUGCGAUGCAACUCAUUUCCAAGUAAUUUAUUUGUCCAAAAUGCCAUACAAACAUAGAAGUGACAGCUUGGUCCAUGGAAGUAUUAUUUCCCAAUAGUUCUUAAAGUAAGUGUCGAACUAAACACAUGUCUCAGAGAUCAUUCUAUCAAAAUUUAAUCCCAAGCAAAAAAAAAACAAAAAAAAAAAAACAAUCAUCGCAAAUUUUGUAAUAAAAUGACCAAUCAGUAAACAGCAUACAUAAAACUUUAAGUACAUCAUUAGCAGGGCUUUGGCACUCUAGCAGGAUUUUGGACCAGUAAGCAAGAAGCUGUUGGCUACCCAAAACAGUCCUAUAACAGAAGUCCUGCCUGGUUAGGACAGAGUUGUUCACUUUAAGAAAUAAACAGCACACUGCACUCUUGUUAGUCCUUUUAUACACAGUUCUCUAUCAGUCUGUCUUUUCCACUCAUCCUAGCCUCCUCCUCUGACUCUUCAAGCCUCGAUGGAUGUUCACACUGACUGUGAUUAAACUGUUGGAUGUCACAGAGUACCCUUUCUGCAUUCCUAAUGCUAGUGGCCAUAUUACAUUGUUUAUUUGCAUAAAAUUCACCUUUACCUUAUCUUUGUUGCAUCAAUAGUUGUUGUCACUUGUGCCACUCAUAAACUGGCAACUCUUGAUAAAAAGGAAAAGGCACUGUCAGUGUGUACAACCAGACACUUUUCAUCUUCGCUAUCUUGAAACUGGCAUACAUUUGCAAACAGGGCCUGUAGAGCGGUGUAAGAAGUACUGGAAAAUUAUACUUUAGUAUGGGUACUUUGACAGCAUUUUACUUCAUUAGCUAAAAAUAUACUUUAAAGUAUACGGAAAAAAGGAAAAAUAUAAAGAAAAAAAAGAUCUGCAUCUG